UAAUACAUAUAGGCAUUCCCUCUCUAUGCACAUACUUGUUCACCAAGUAUAUGGAGAACAUUAAUGGAGAUCAAUGUCGGUCAUCGCCCUCUCAGAUCGGAAACGGGAAUCCCUCGCCUCUUGGGUCUGCGACUUCAAAGCCUAAUAACACAUCGUCUGAACAAGAACUGGACGAGCAAGUUGGGCAAACGGGAAUGGAAGAUUCGGAUUCAAAGACCAUUAGUGAUCAAGAAGGAUCGCUCUCCAGUUGCGAAAGCGGCGUUUCUGCUGCCAUUUCUAAGCAUUCCCCGGUGUUCGAAGACGGGUUGGUUAGGCUGGUUGAAGGAGAGAGAGUUUACGACGGUAUCAAGAGGAGAGUCGUGUUGGGUUUCUCUUCGCGUGGCGUGCAUGUAACGGUUGUCGGCAUUGAUAGAAACGGUUUUGGUGGUGUGAGGGGACAAGCGAUAUCGAGUUCGUUUCGGAUUUACUCGCAGGCAAUGGAAGAGAAGUUGGGACCUGGCAAUGCGAAUAUCAAGUAUGCCUGGUAUGGCGCUUCCAAGGAUGAGAUAGCCCAUAUUGUUUCACAUGGUUUUUGUCAUUGUGGCGUUUCUCGGAACAAAGGAUCGUUUGGGGGCGGCGUUUGUCUUUCACCAGUUGAUUCACCUCUGGAAAGUGCAUGCAACUCGGUUGUUGACGAGGACGGUCUGCGAUAUCUUUUGCUGAGUCGUGUUAUAUUGGGGAAGACAGAGCUUGUGCAGAUCGGUUCCGAGCAGUGUCACCCGAGUUCUGAAGAAUUUGAUUCAGGCGUGGACAAUCUUUCCGCCCCUGGGAAGUAUAUUGUGUGGAGUACCAGCAUGAACACUCAUAUUUUGCCCGAGUUUAUUGUAAGUUUCAGAGCUCCAUCUUGCUUGGCAGGGUUUGCAAGGAUGCCGAAGCCACCGAAUAUUCCUACUUCAACAUGGAUGCCAUUUACAAUUCUAAUUUCAGAGCUUCCCAAGUUCUUACCUCCGCACACCGUCUCAUUGCUCAGCAAGUAUCAUGAAGAAUUCAAGGAAAAGAAGAUAUCACGAAAUGAAUUCAUACAAAUAUUGAGACACAAAGCAGGAGAUGAGUUGCUGACUUCGGUCAUCAAGUCAUACAGAGCCGAGAAAGGUGGGGCACCAAAUAGCCUUACAUAAAAGGCAUGUCAGAAUGAUGUGAGGAUGGAGCGGACUACAAAUGGUAAUUUGCUUUUGUUUGGAGAAUUAGAAGUUUAGUUUUCAAUUUCUGUCAAGAACUACAACGCGGAUGGUUUUGGCCUGUACUAGCUACUUCUAAAGGAAACAGAUGGGGAGGGAUGCAGCAGAUGCUGGAGGGGCUAGAUGGUGUAGUAUCAAUCUGAGUUGUUAGUUUUUUAAAUAAUGGUGACCCUUUUCUGUUGUAAUCAUCUGAUUUGGUCAGUUGUGGUCAAUAAUUUUCUGGGGUUCAAUAUCAAUUUUGGUAAGGUUUUGAGUCCUCUUCAAUCUUCAUUUGUGCUUUUCGUAA